AUGCGUUUCCAAGUCGUCUCUUUCCUGGCCGCUCUGCCAUUCUCCCUAGCCAACCUGGCCGACCUCUCCUACUCUGCGCCGCCGGAACGCCUGGCCGCAGCUCAGAAAGAAGCCGGAUGCAAUCUGCCAGCAGGCUUCCACCUCAAAGACUUUGCAGCCAAGACAAACGGAACCGGUCCAACGCCGGCUCUCACCGCGUAUAGCUUUGCCUACUCUGACCCGGACACGGGCGUUGCCGUCAAGUGCUCCUUCAACUCGAGCUCUGUUUCCACCACGCCCAAGGGCUUGACGCCGAGGUACGCGUGCGAGGACAGCGAUGUCAAGUUUAUCUUGAGCGGAGCCACGCAGAGGACGUUGACCUUGAUCGAGAGGAUCUGCCCUGGUCCCAAUGGUGUCAAAGGGUACGAGGUAGCCGGCGCAGUGGACCUUGCCUUGAAUUGCUCAACGACUCUGGGCUCGUGUAAGACGUCUUCGACCGAUGUCCAGGGGAAUUUCUCCGCGCUGGACCCUGUGACCGAUCCCACUCGAAUCAAGCGCUGGGUGAGCUAG